AUGUCAACUUCAUCAUUUCUCGCUUGCGGAAUCUGCGGCGUCGAAAAACGAGAACCAUACAAGUGCCCACGAUGUGAUCUUCUGUAUUGUACAAUCAAAUGCUACCGUAACCCGAAACACUCCGAGUGCUCAGAGAAAUUCUAUCAGGAACAAGUAAAACAAGAAUUGUCGGGCAAAAAAGCAGAUAUCAGUCAGAAGGGAGAAGAAUAUAAAGAGAAAAUGCAAAAGUUUUUGGAUGGAGAUUGGAGUGGAAUUGAAGAAGGCGAGCCACUUGAUUCUGAUGAUGAAGAGCAAGAAGACGUGGCUGACUGGCAGAAAGAGGACACUGAAGCAAUGAAAAAAACGAUUCAAGGAACAAUUGAUGAGUAUGAGUUAGAAGAUGGAGAAAUUGAGAGACGAAUGACAACUCUUGGAUUGUCAGAUGAUAUUGAUGAACUUUUAAAUACAUUGACACCAGAAGAACGAGAAGCAUUCAAACAACUUGCUGCUGAAAUGCAAGAAGAAGAACUUGGACUUACGAAUUCUUGUUUUGCUCCUGGAUCUGCUGGAUCAUCGAAGAAAUGUUGAAUUUCGUUAAUUUUUUGAAUUUUUUGAAUUUAUAUUGUUGAAUUUGCCGGUUAUCUAUUUGAUUUUCUAAUUAUCUUGUUUAAAAAAAAGUUGACAUUCU